AUGACAGAGGCAAAGAUUGAUACCUACGUGAAGAAUCUCACGAAUGAGAAAUGGGAGGUUGCGAAGAAAGCCAAUGUUGCUAUCGAGCUUAGAGAUACUAUCGAAACCCUCUGCUCGGGCCCCAACUAUUCUAUAUUUUUGACGAAGCUAUGGCCUGUUUUUAAGAAUCUCCUGAAGGGGGAUCCAGUGUUCACAAACACAUCCUUUGAACAAAAAUUUCGAAACUCCCUUCUCGAAACGUUGCACCGCCUGCCCACAGCUUCUCCCGAUGUUGAGCCGUACGCGGUUGACAUGGUGGAUACGUUGAUGCAGCUGGUCAGGGUUGAAAAUGAAGAAAAUGCAGUUCUAUGUAUGAAGACCAUCAUGGACCUGGUGCGAAACCAGGUCAAUGCGACAGCUUCGCGAGUCCAGCCUUUUCUCGAACUCAUCCAGGAGAUGUUCCAGGGUAUGGAGGAAGUGGUGCGGGAUACAUUCGAUACUCCAGCUCAAGGCACAACACCCGGUAUGCCUUCGACGCCAGGCGCGGUUUCUCAGAACUUUCAAUCUCCGCGACCAUCUUCUCCCAGCACAACAGUUUCUGAUCUGGGCCCCGAUCAACAAAUGAGUCAUCAUUUGCAGAAAGGAAUGCAGUCGUUUAAGGUGCUUGCUGAGUGUCCCAUUAUCGUCGUAUCGAUAUUCCAGGCACAUCGUAACACCGUCAAUGCAAACGUCAAGCUGUUUGUCCCGCUUAUAAAGAGCAUAUUACUCUUACAAGCCAAACCACAGGAGAGAGCGCACGCAGAAGCCCACGCUCAAGGGAAACUGUUCACAGGAGUCUGCAAGGAGAUUAAAAAUCGAGCUGCUUUUGGUGAAUUUAUCACUGCUCAAGUCAAAACCAUGAGCUUUCUUGCUUACCUUCUCCGCAUGUAUGCGAACCAUCUGCAAGAUUUUCUGCCAACUCUCCCAGGUGUUGUUGUUCGGUUGUUGCAAGACUGUCCACGUGAGAAGUCCAGCGCGCGGAAGGAGCUGCUGGUCGCUAUCCGUCACAUCAUCAACUUCAACUACCGACGGAUCUUCCUGGUUACAAUUGAUCAGCUGCUGGACGAAAGAACACUUAUCGGAGAUGGAUUGACUGUUUAUGAGACUAUGCGACCUCUUGCAUACAGCAUGCUUGCCGACUUGAUUCACCAUGUUCGAGACCAUCUCACAAGGAACCAGAUUCGCAAGACAGUCGAGGUUUACACUAAGAACCUCCAUGACGAGUUUCCAGGAACUAGUUUUCAGACUAUGAGUGCGAAGUUGUUGCUAAACAUGGCAGAGAAGAUUUCGAAGCUGGAAGACAAGCAAGAUGCGCGGUACUACCUUAUCAUGAUCUUGGAUGCCAUUGGUGACAAGUUUGCCGCUAUGAACUAUCAGUUCGACAAUGCCGUGAAAGUAUCUCGUGCAAAUAAAGAACGCGACGACUCGACUCCUGAGAACUAUCUUGCCGAUCGGGCCUCCCCUCCAGACUGGGAUGAGAUUGAUAUUUUCACCGCAGUUCCGAUUAAGACGUCCAACCCUCGAGACCGAGGUGGCGAUCCGGUCUCUGACAAUUUAUUCUUGUUCAAGAACUUGAUCAAUGGCUUAAAGAACAUCUUCCACCAGUUGAAGAAUUGCAACCCGACACACAUACAGAUCGAUCCCAACAAUACACCGAUCAACUGGCCUGAAGUCUCGUAUGGAUACAAUGCAGAAGAGGUUAAAGUCAUCAAGAAGCUUUUCCAUGAAGGUGCUCGCGUCUUCCGAUACUAUGGCGUAGACCAGCCUGCACCUGACGUCAGCUACUCUUCUUCGUUUGAGUAUCUUGCCAGCCAGUAUACUGCUCCUAUGGGUCCUCAAGAGAAGGAGCUUCUUGAGAGUUUCGGAACAGUAUUCCAUUGUAUUGACACGGCAACUUUCCAUGAAGUGUUUCAUAGCGAGAUACCCUAUCUUCACGAAUUGAUGUUCGAGCACCCCGCUCUCAUUCACUUGCCACAAUUCUUCCUCGCAAGUGAAGCAACUUCUCCUGCAUUCUCUGGUAUGGUUCUUCAGUACCUGAUGGACCGUAUACAAGAAGUCGGAACCUCAGACAUGGCCAAGGCCAAGAUACUCCUGAGGAUGUUCAAACUGUCUUUUAUGGCCGUCACUCUUUUCUCAAAUCAAAACGAACAGGUUCUCUACCCUCAUGUCACAAAAAUAGUUACGAAAUGUAUCGAGCUAUCAGUGACCGCCGAAGAGCCCAUGAAUUACUUCCUUUUACUACGUUCGUUGUUCCGCAGCAUCGGAGGUGGAAGGUUUGAGCUUUUAUACAAGGAGCUACUUCCACUAUUGGAAAUGCUUCUCGAGACAUUUAAUAAUCUCCUACUGGGCGCUCGCAAGCCUCAAGAACGCGAUCUUUACGUCGAGCUAACUUUGACUGUGCCGGCACGUCUAAGUCAUCUCCUUCCCCACCUUAGCCAUUUAAUGCGCCCAAUCGUGGUCGCUUUGAGAGCAGACUCGGAUUUAGUUGGACAGGGCUUGCGUACCCUUGAGUUGUGUGUGGAUAACUUGACAGCCGAUUACUUGGAUCCUAUUAUGGCGCCAAUUAUGGACGAACUGAUGACGGCACUCUGGGAUCACUUACGACCGCAUCCUUACAGUCAUUUCCAUUCUCACACGACGAUGAGAAUCCUGGGUAAACUGGGUGGUCGCAACCGCAAAUUCUUGAAUCACCCGCCAGAACUGUCCUUCCAGCAAUUCGCGGACGACGUUCCUAGUUUCGAUAUUAGGUUGAUCGGCCCGAACGAGAAACGACCGUUCCCGAUCGAGAUUGGCGUGGAUGUGGCCUACGCGAAGCUUUUAGAGAACCCAAAGACACCCGUGGCGAAGGCUUCAGAUGCAUAUUACAAACAGCAGGCCUUCCGUAUGUUAAGCUCUCAAUUAAAGCUUUACAUUGGUUAUGAUAAUCUGCCCGAGGACCUUGCAUCCCUAAUUCGCCUUCAAGCCGAUGAUCUUCUAGAGAGCAAGAUUCAAGGGCCUAUUGACAUAUUGGACAAGUCCGAGAGAUCUAGUUCCAUCCCCAAGAAGCUGGUUCAGGAAGAAAGCUUGAAGAAGCUGCUUAAAGCAUGUUUCUUUGCCACUUCUAUCCCAGAUCUUGAGCAAGCUGCGACUAGCUUCGUCAAAGAUGUCUGUCGUCACAUCGUUGUUGUCGAAGUAGGCCGAGCAUUGGCUCAAGCUAGACACACUCGACGACCUUUCGACGUCAACAGUGGUGAAGGUCCUGUCUACUUGGAUUCUCGCUUGCUUGUCAAUGUUAUUGUGGACUGCUUAUCGUCUGAUGACUCUAAAAUGCGAGACUCGGCGAAAAAGGCUAUGGAAGACAUCAAACAAGCUGCUGGUGUCAUCUUUGGUGGUUCAGACAAAGCUGCCAAGUUACCGUUUUGGCAGCAUCUUGGUCGUGUAUUUUGCCAUAGCUGCUACAGCGAAGAAUGGUUUACCAAGGCCGGAGGUAGUCUAGGUAUACACCUUCUAGCUACCGAGCUAGAUCUGGGCGAUACUUGGCUCUUUGAGCGACAGGUUGACUUUGUUCGUGCUCUGAUGUAUGUCAUUAAAGAUACACCUGCCGAUCUUCCUGCGAGCACUCGUGUUAGAGCGCAGACAACAUUAGAGCUUAUUCUUCGGCGGUGCAAUAAGGGCAUAUCCAAGGAUGACUUGAAGAAUGAAAAGAGUCGUUUCUCCUGGCUUUGCGGCUUUCUCAUCUGUGAACUGUCACAUAUGAAUAAGCAUGUCCGAGAAACUUCGCAGAAAGCAUUAUCCCUCCUUGCUGAAGUUGUUGGUUGUGAGCAACACGAACUCAUGUUGCCAGUUAAGGAUCGCCUCUUGCAACCUAUCUUCAAUAAACCUCUUAGAGCUCUUCCUUUUCCUGUGCAAAUCGGAUUCAUCGAUGCCAUUACGUUCUGUCUCGGUCUUCAUAAGAAUAUUGUCGUCUUCAACGAUUCACUUAAUCGUUUGAUGUUGGAGUCACUGGCUCUAGCUGAUGCAGAGGACGAGUCUUUAGCUUCCAAACCGAACGAGUUCAAGAAUGCAGAGAUGAUUGUCAAUCUGCGAGUAGCAUGUCUUCGUCUACUCUCAAUGGCCAUGAGUUUCCCAGAGUUCGGCGCUGGUCCGAAUGCCAGUAGUCGAAGCAGAGUUAUCUCUGUCUUCUUCAAAUCUUUGUAUUCGAGAUCUCCGGAAAUUAUCGAAGCUGCAAAUGCUGGCCUUCGUGACGUUCUCACACAGACGAACAAGUUGCCCAAAGAUCUGCUUCAGAAUGGUCUUCGCCCUAUCCUCAUGAAUUUACAGGAUCCCAAGCGAUUGACUGUGGCUGGACUCGAUGGCCUGGCUAGGCUACUGACCCUCCUGACCAAUUAUUUCAAGGUUGAAAUCGGACAGCGUCUUCUCGAACACAUGAAAGUCAUUGCAGACGACGCUACGUUACAGAAAGUCUCGUUCAACCUUGUCGAGCAGAAUCCGGUUAUGAAGAUUGUUGCUUCUAUUUUCAAUAUUUUCCAUCUUCUCCCACCCGCCGCGACGACUUUUAUGGAGAACCUAGUCAACAAAGUUAUUGACUUGGAAGAGAAAUUACGGAGAACCUCGAAUAGCCCAUUCCGCAAACCCCUUGUGAAGUACCUGAAUCGUUAUCCUAAGGAGAGCUGGGCCUUCUUCCAACAGCGCUUCAAUGACGAGCGUUACGGCCGUUUCUUCGGCCAGGUACUAGCAGAUCCCGACAGUGCCGUCCUUCGAUCCGCCGUCGUUGCAGACACUGAAGGCUUUAUGAAUGCCGCCUUUGGUACCGAGUCAACUGACGGCAAGAACACAACAGCAAUCAAUGCAAUCCACGUCGUCAAUUCUGUUUGCAUGCAUGAAGCUACGAAGAAAUGGCUCCUAAACCAGCCUAGUCUGCGCCCGAAGCUGCUCAGUACAGGCCGAGAUCUUGAGAUCAAAUUGAGAAACGAUAAGCUUCCAGCAAGCGAGCGAUUAAGGGUUGAGCAGGCGGAGGAUCAGUUGAUGGAUGUGUUCACCAUCUAUUUAGCUGAUUCACUUCAAGAUCUCGAUUUUCUAUUUGAAGUUAUUAGCGGUUUGUCAGCCGAUGAACUGAAGAGAACCCUUGCUUUCCCGAAAUUCAUCUACAAGCAUAUCAUCACAAAUGAGUCUAUUGACUAUAGGAGAUCUGUCAUCAUGAGGUGCCUUGACCUCUAUGGACAACGCACGUCAUCUCAGAGGAUGAAGACAUACGCUUUCCACAAUCUCGUGAAUCCCAUUUUUGCAAUGGACGUGCAGGCGACGUGGAAUAGCCCCCCAAAUAUUCCAAAGUUGAUGGAUAAGAGUAUGACCGAAUCAAUCCAGAAUCGUUUAUGGCGACCACAAGUUGGUGACAUUGCGGAGGAAUCAAACCAACCAGGCGUCGAUCAUUCCCGCAUGGAACUACUGCAGCUAUCCGCAUUGUUGAUCAAGUAUCACUCUCAGACUGUCCAGGAGUCGCGUAAGGACAUCAUCAAAUUUGCCUGGAACUAUAUUCGACUGGAAGAUAUCAUUAACAAGUACGGUGCUUACGUGCUGAUCAGCUACUUCAUUGCUCACUAUGAAACGCCCCUCAAGAUUGUGAUCCAAGUCUAUGUAGCUCUUUUGAGGGCUCACCAGAACGAAGGCAAGGCUCUUGUGACCCAGGCUCUUGAUGUUCUCGCUCCUAUUCUACCCACGAGGAUUGCGACUCUUAGCCAGAACCCCCAACAGCCCCCUCCUGAUCUCCGUUACCCACUGUGGGCUAAGUGGCCUCGCCGCAUUUUAGCAGAAGAGACUGCAAACUUGCAGCAAGUGAUGAGCAUCUUCCAGUUCCUCGUACGGCACCCGGAUCUCUUCUAUGAGUCUCGAGAGCACUUUGUACCUCUUAUCGUGCCAUCGCUCAGUAAAAUUGCUGCUCCACCCAAUCCUUCGAGCGAGAGCAAAAAAUUGGCACUGAACCUUAUUGGACUAAUCUGGCACUGGGAAGAAAAGCGAGUUCGUGGAAGCAGUCCUCGCGGUCCCUCAGAGUCACCGAACUCAAGGAAGCGCAAACUCGAUGAGAAUCAACAAGCCGAGUCACCUUCAUUGGUAUCAAGGACAGAAUAUAGUGUGUCACCGGAGAUGCGAGCAGCGCUUAUCAAGUAUUUGAUAACCUUCAUUACUACGCUUCCUGAGCGAUUCCCCGUCCCAGCAUUCAAGCUGCGCGAAUUGCCUACAGCGAAGCCCCAACCUCCAGUUGUCACAGGAGAAAUGGUUAAGAAGGCAACGCAGCUGUUGACAAGUCUUCUUCAGCCCGAAUUCUGGGGAGACCUGGAUAUCGAUUUGUACCCCAAGGUCACUGAGCCAAUUCUCACUGGUGAGAAAGCCGAGAAACCCGACGAAAAGCAGAUUACUAGCAUGAUCAAUACUUUGCAAGUACUUCGUGUACUCAUUGCGUCUAAGCCAGAUGAAUGGAUUGUCAGCAGGUUGCCAUUGAUUCAAAAACUCUUCGAAAAGCCGUUGCGCUCAGACAACCCCGAGAUUCAGGACUGCCUGCAUGGCGCGGUGGAUGAUGAUAGCUCGUCACGCAAGAUUCCCCCACCCGUCAAGCGAGUUCUAGCCGCUCUCCCUGAAGAUCAGCCAGAAGAGGAAGAUGGUAUGGAUAUGGAUAGUUCUCCCUCGGAGUUUGUCACUUUCUUAUCUACGAUUGCUACUGAGGGACUUUCCAACAACAACUAUGUCUCCAGCCUUAACGUUCUGUGGACCUUGUCCUCAAGCAGACCUGCGGAGAUGGAUGCACACAUUCCCCAAGUCAUGAAAGCGUUUUCUCAGAAACUUGCCAAGGAACAUGUUGCUGCUUAUGCUACCAACCAAGCUCCUGGUCAGCAUCCUGGAAUCAAACAAGGUGAUAACGGUACUCCAGAUCAACAAGAGUUUGAGAUCGGCGUGGAUCUCAUUCUUAAGACUAUUGACGUGAUCUCAAUCCGUAUGUCCAGCCUUGGAGACCAGCGCCGGCCUUUCCUUAGUGUUCUUGCCCAACUCGUGGAGCGGUCACAGAACAUCAAACUCUGCAGUAAGGUCCUUGGAAUGGUUGAGUCUUGGAUUUUCCACUCCACGGAGUCAUGGCCAACCCUCAAAGAGAAGACCGCUGUUCUACACAAGAUGCUACUUUUCGAGACUCGCCCUGAUCAGACAAUGCUCAAGAAGUUCCUCAAUCUUGUCAUUCGCAUUUACGAGGAUAACAAGAUCACUCGCACUGAAUUGACUGUCAGAUUGGAGCAUGCUUUCCUAAUUGGUACACGAGCUCAAGACGUGGAAAUGCGAAAUCGCUUUAUCACGAUUUUCGAUAAGAGCUUGACUCGUACAGCUAGCUCUCGAUUAAGUUACGUGAUGACGUCGCAGAAUUGGGAUACACUUGCGGACUCGUUUUGGCUGGCGCAAGCUUCGCAUCUCGUAAUGGGUUCUGUGGACAUGAACACGCCUGCUCGGCUUCUCCCCGAUGAUAUGACAGUAUAUCCGAUAUCGUUCCUGUUCGGUGCCGCCGAACAAGAUCCGAGAAAAGCAGAUGUGAUGGUUGAUAAUCAACUGGAGAGUCUCGUGGCUGAGUGCAAACGUUUCGCUGCUGAGAUAGGAGAUGUGAGAACAAGAGAUCUACUUGAGCCUCUUUGCCAGCUUCAGCAUACCGAUCCGAAGACAUCUUACAAAGUGUGGACUACUAUCUUCCCCAUAGUAUGGUCAACAUUAUCAAAGGAUGAGCGCAUCGAUUUGGAGAAAGGGAUGGUCACUCUUAUUACUCGCGAGUACCAUCAGAGGCAGAUAGACAAGAGACCCAAUGUUAUCCAGGCACUUCUCGAGGGAGCUGUGCGAUCCAAGCCUCGAUUCAAAGUCCCGCCUCAUGUCAUGAAGUUCUUGAGCAGGACGUAUGAUGCAUGGUAUACGUCUGCAGCGUAUCUAGAAGAGUCCGCGAACAAACCUACCAUCGAUACUCCGAUAGUGCGAGAAAGCAACCUUGAUGCACUUGUCGAGAUAUUCGCCGGUCUCCAAGAGGAUGAUUUCUUCUAUGGCACAUGGCGAAGACGAUGUAAAUUUGUGGAAACAAAUGCUGCCUUGUCCUACGAACAGCAUGGCAUGUGGGAUAAAGCCCAGCAAUUGUAUGAGAAUGCUCAGAUCAAAGCUCGCUCAGGCGCCAUGCCGUUCUCGCAGGGAGAAUAUUACCUCUGGGAAGAUCACUGGCUCAUCUGUGCUCAGAAGCUCCAGCAGUGGGAAAUCUUGAGUGACUUUGCUAAGCACGAGAAUCUCAACGACCUUCUUCUGGAAGCAGCGUGGAGGAACAUUGAGAACUGGCAGAGCGAUACCAAUCGUGAGCAAUUGGAUUCUCUGAUCAAAUCGGUUUCUGAUGCUCCCACUCCACGUCGCACGUUUUUCCAAGCCUUCAUGGCGUUGCUCAAUUUCCAUCUCAAGAAGGAUGGUAUCCAAGAAUUCAACAAUAUCUGCGACGAGUCAAUUCAAUUGUCCAUUCGCAAGUGGCAUCAGCUUCCAAAGAGGAUUACCAAUGCUCAUAUCCCGAUUCUGCAACACUUCCAACAACUCGUUGAGUUACAUGAUGCUAGUGUGAUAUGCAACAGCCUUUCUCAGACAAAUGAACGGAACUUGGACACCAAAUCAGCUGAACUGAAGCUACUUCUAGGCACCUGGCGAGAUCGUUUACCGAAUGUCUGGGAUGAUAUCAAUGCUUGGCAAGAUCUGGUCACUUGGCGUCAACACAUCUUCCAACUGAUUAAUGCCACUUAUCUCGGCCUGCUGCCACCUCAGACAAACAAUGUCGCAAGCAAUUCAUAUGCCUAUCGCGGAUAUCAUGAAACGGCGUGGAUCAUCAAUCGGUUCGCUCAUGUUGCUCGUAAGCACCAGAUGCCAGAUGUUUGCAUCAAUCAACUGAGCAGGAUCUAUACUUUGCCAAACAUUGAAAUCCAAGAAGCCUUCUUAAAGCUGAGGGAACAAGCGAAGUGCCAUUAUCAAAAUCCCAAAGAGCUCUCGAGCGGACUGGACGUCAUCAAUAACACCAAUCUGAACUACUUUGGUGCGCAACAGAAAGCUGAGUUCUACACUCUUAAGGGAAUGUUCUUGGCGAAAUUGAACAAUGUGGAAGAAGCCAAUGAUUCGUUUGGCGUUGCGUUGUACUACGAUCUGAAGCUCGCGAAAGCAUGGGCGGAAUGGGGACAUUUCAAUGAUCAGCGAUUCAAGAUGGACCCCACCGAUUAUGAGCUAGCUGGUAACGCUGUGAGCUGCUAUCUCGAAGCUGCUGGGCUUUAUAAGAACGCCAAAUCUAGGAAAUUGCUAAGCCGUAUUCUUUGGUUGCUGAGUCUGGAUAAUGAAGAAGGUCGUGUAUCCAGCGCAUUUGAGAACUUCAAGGGCGAUACCCCAGUGUGGUAUUGGAUCACGUUUAUACCGCAACUUCUCACAAGUCUUAGCCGCCGUGAGGCUCGUCUAUGCAAAGCAGUGCUGGUCAAGAUCGCUAAGCUCUACCCACAAGCCUUAUUCUUCUUGCUUCGCACGAACAGGGAAGAUAUGAUCAGUAUCAAGAAGACACAAGAAGCCAAGCAGGAGAAAUUGAACCGUGCGAAGCAACAGGCAUCACCUGGUAUGAAGGUCGAACCCGGCAAUGUCGCACGGCUAGGUACGGCCGGUGAAGAGAACCCACAGUCCUCCCCUGCUGUAGCCAAUACUGCUACUCCACAGAAUGCCGCCGCUCAACUCAAUGGCCAGCCUAACCCUCAGGCCCUGGCGCAAGCUCAGAAUGCCACGCAACAACAGACUCCAGCACAAGAGCAAGGUCAGCCUCAAGCACAACCCCAGCAGGCACAGACUCAGGUUCCCGCCCAAGGGCAACGGCAAGGACAGGUUCCAGCACAGAACGCAAAUCAACCUUCAAAUCCUGGAGAGCCGGAGAAGGAGCCAAUCAAGAAGCCAUGGGAAUAUUCUGAAGAAAUUAUGGCAGGCUUGAAGACAGCUUUUCCACUGCUAGCACUAUCAAUGGAGGCUAUGGUGGACCAAAUCCAAAAGAACUUCAAAUGUCCUCCUGACGAGGAUGCUCACCGCCUGAUCGUAGCAUUGUUGAAUGAUGGUCUCGCAUAUGUCGGCCGCACACCUGUAGCUUACGCUCAAGAUUUCAAGCUACCGCCUGCUACAGAAGCCAACAUCACUCGAUUCGCCGAGACUAUUCUUCCAGCACAUAUACGCAAAUCUUUCGAAGCCGAUUUUGUGGUCAAGAAGAUCACAAUGUUUGAGUAUGUGCAGAAGCUGCGACGCUGGCGCGACAAAUUUGAAGAAAAACUGGAUCGUCGUCCGCAAUCGCAGAACCUUGAAGUGUACUCCCCUCAUCUCAGCGAAUUUAGAUUCUUGAAAUUUGAGGAAGUCGAAGUUCCUGGACAGUAUCUUCUGCACAAGGACAAGAAUCAGGACUUUGUUCGCAUCGAUCGCUUCUUACCGGAUGUUGACUUGGUCAGAGGUAUUGGUGUUUGCCAUCGCCGUCUUAAGAUCCGAGGCCUUGAUGGCAGCAUUCAUCCUUUCGCUGUUCAACACCCUGCAGCCCGCCAUUGCCGUCGCGAAGAGCGCAUUCUUCAACUUUUCCGCAUUUUCAACGGUAUUUUAGCUAAACGCAAGGAAAGCAGACGUCGCAAUCUCUACUUCCAUCUGCCACUCAUGGUUCCCGUUGCUCCUCAUAUUCGCUUAGUACGCGAUGAUCCCUCAUACAUUUCAAUGCAAGGUAUCUACGAAGAUUACUGUCGGCGAGAAGGCAUCAAUAAAGAUGAGCCUGUGCUUUUCACCAUGGAGAAGAUGCGUGGGCUUGCUGAGAUGAAGCAAAGCGUAAGUUUUAAGCCUGAUCUUUACAACAUUUCAUAUGCUAACAUGUCACAGCGUUCUAUUGAGCAGCAGCAUGUCCUUCGCACGGAAAUUCUUACUGCUAUCCAGGAGAAAUGGGUUCCCAAUACGGUUAUGCUGGAUUAUUUCCAGAAGACCUACCCCAACUACGAGGACUUCUGGCUGUUCCGUCGCCAAUUCUCGUACCAGUAUGCCGCAAUCUGUUUCAUGACCUAUGUCAUGCACAUUGGCAACCGGUAUCCCAACAAGAUUUCCAUCUCUCGCGCUACGGGCGAUAUAUGGGGCUCUGAGCUGAUCCCAAGCAUCAAUCCAACCAAGGCCUUCUUCUUUAACCCCGAACAGGUUCCUUUCCGCCUGACGCCAAACAUCCAGACCUUGAUGGGACCUAUUGCUACUGAAGGUGUCUUUGCCUGUGCCCUUAUGGCAAUUGCUCGCUGCCUUACAGAACCACGUCACGAAUUGGAGCAACAGCUCAGUCUUUUUGUGCGUGAAGAAAUGAUUUUCUGGGCUACAGCUCAUCAUCGUGGAAACGUCUCGGAGAACCAGCUACGCGAACUAGUCCAGAGCAAUAGCGGUAUUAUCGUUAACCGUGCUGUUAGCCUGGCCAGUCCUCCAGAGGGUAAUUUGCCUGCCAACCAAACUACUAUUGAUCUUAUCUCGAAGGCCGUCAAUCCUCAAUCUCUGGCUUCUGCUGAUGCUCUUUGGAUGCCAUACUUGUAG